CCGCAGAAUUGUCAAGUCAGCUGUCCGAGGUGGUCGCGUUCUGGCCGCUUGCUCCGAGUUCCAGUGCAUUGCGAAUGUGCGAUUAUCGCGAGUCUUUUCCGAAUCCAAACCGGUUGAAGUUGGUGUGAAAUUCCGAGCCGCACUUUGUGUACAUUUGUUUGAUUAAAUGAAAAUGUCCCGCGGCAUUGCUGAGGCAAAAGUCAAAUUAUUCAGUGUGAAAAGCAAAGCAAGUGACAACGGGCGGUCGAGGUGAUUUUAGUCGCGCCGAGAAAUAGUAAACAAAUCGACGACCCUUCCUGAUCGCCAGAAAUCCUGGACAAUUAAACCUUUCCCGUGAAUCGUCUUUCUCCCCGCUGACGCAAUUCUCCAACCGGAUUUCCCUCCAAAAUAUUCACGCGGAAAAUCCCCAAAUCAUCCAUCGACUCGUGAACGAAAUAAAUCUUUAUUUGGCUCCCACAACUUGGUUGCGUGAAUCCGCAGCAUAAGCUAAGUAAACAACGGUUCGCGGAUUGCCCCGGUCCCCGAUAAGCGCCAAGCUCGUGACGUAACUUGUGAAAUUUAAAAUCAGCCGAUUGAGAAAUUCCGGAUUUCUUCGCACAAAUAAUCAGAGAAAUUCCAUCGAAAUGGCUCUGAAGGCAGAUAUCGCCGCAAACUACGAGUUCGUGCUCAAAAAUUUAUUGGCCGGAGGACUCGCUGGAAUGUGCUCUAAAACAACAGUUGCACCAUUGGAUCGAAUAAAAAUUUUACUUCAAGCACAUUCUAUUCACUAUAAGCACUUAGGAGUAUUUAGUGGUCUUAGGCACAUAGUAUUCAAGGAGUCCUUUUUCGCUUUGUACAAAGGCAAUGGAGCACAAAUGGUUAGAAUUUUCCCAUACGCCGCUACACAGUUCACCGCCUUCGAAAUAUAUAAAAAGUAUUUAGCAAAAUUUGAUUUGCAUUUGAGAUUCGUACAACAUAGUGACAAGUUCGUGGCUGGAGCCUGUGCCGGACUCACAGCCGUGACGCUCACGUAUCCAUUAGAUACAAUCCGUGCUCGUCUGGCAUUCCAAGUGACUGGGGAGCAUAAAUAUACAGGGAUCUUACACACCGCCUCGGAAAUAUUCCGAAAUGAAGGUGGAGCCCGAGCUCUCUAUCGUGGCUUCGUCCCCACUCUGAUGGGGAUGGUGCCGUAUGCAGGUUUCUCAUUUUACAGUUUUGAAAUGUUGAAAUUCUUCUGCAUGAAGUAUAUACCGCGGUAUACAUGCAACAAAUGUGAACGUAAUACUGGAGGCUUAGUAUUGAAUGUACCUGCGAAAUUAUUAUGUGGUGGCUUUGCUGGAGCUGUAGCACAAUCCAUCUCAUAUCCAUUAGAUGUAACUCGACGACGAAUGCAGCUGGCUAUGAUGAAUCCUGAAACUGCCAAGUUUGGAGGGAUGGGCAUGUUUCGAACUCUGACGCUAAUUUACAACGAGAAUGGUAUUAUCCGCGGUCUCUACCGAGGAAUGUCCAUCAAUUACUUAAGGGCUAUACCAAUGGUAGCGGUUUCAUUCUCCACAUAUGAAAUACUUAAACAAGCUUUACAAUUAGACACAGGAAUGAAGAUAUAGACUGUUAAGAUAGAUUUGUGGUGGUGAUUUUCAAUAUGUGUUAUUGUCAGUUUCGUUGUUUUAAUCAUUUUCGAAUUUUGUUUUGUUUCUCAUAUAGCGAAUGGACGAAAGAAUGUUUAUUGCAUUUUAGAUAUUUUUCUAUUAAGUAUUUAUUAGAGAAAGAAAAAAUGUUCUUAUUUAUUUAGUGAUAUUUUCUAUGGUAAGUUGUGAGAGAUGAGACGCGGACGUUUUUUUAAUGUGACGGUGAUGGAACAUGACAAAGAAUUAUAUUUUUGUAUAAAGAAUUUGACAAUAAAUUUGAGAAUGGAAAGCA